AUGUUUCACCUUUGGAUAUUAUGUGUUGUACCUUUGAAAAUAGCCUCUGGAUUAAGUGGUAAUCCGUAUUUGUUUGCUAAUGAAUCCGUAGAUUCACCUGUUGUCUCGACGACAUCAGAUAAAUUUGCUGGUCUUACUAUUCGACAGACAAAUGUUUGGGUUGGCAUUCCAUAUGCAACUCCACCUGUGGGCGCAUUUCGAUGGCAAAAGGCUCAACCAUAUGUUAUGAACAAUAGUCAAAACAAUACAAUACAACAUGCAACUCAUUAUGGCCCAUCUUGUCUACAAAUUAAUCGAAAUGGCUUUACUCCGGGUCCAUUUGAUGAGGACUGUUUGUAUCUAAAUGUAUGGGCCCCUCGUAAACCGCCAGCUUUGUCAACCGGUUAUCCUGUAAUGUUAUGGAUUCAUGGUGGGGGAUUUAUUGAAGGAAGUGCAACACAAGUAAUUUAUGAUGGACUCAGUUGGACGAAUGCCGCUAUACAAGAAAAUAACGCGUUUAUAAUGGUUAGCAUGAACUAUCGACUAAAUGUGAUGGGAUUUUUCGCUCAACCAGCUUUGUUAGAUGAGCAUAAUCAGACUACAGCUAAUCAAGGUAUUACUGAUCAACGUAUGGCAAUGAAAUGGAUUCAGGAUAAUAUUGCACAGUUUGGAGGUGAUAAAAAUUCGAUUACUCUUAUGCGUGAAUCGGCAGGAUCACAUUCAGUUUGUAUUCAUAUAGUAUCGCCACUAUUUGCUGGUUUAUUUCAUGCUGGUAUCUUAGACAGUGGAUCCUGCGAUACUUUAUCCUAUUUGCGGGACAAAUCAUUUGCUUAUUCAACAACAAAAGAUCUUGCAUUGCUUGUUGGCUGUAAUAUGACUAGUGCAGUUCAACAACUAGCUUGUUUACGAGCGGUCAAUAGUUCUUUAUUAGUAGAUACUAUAGCCAAUGUGUCUAUUCCAUCGUCGACAUCAUUAGCAUUUAAAGAUCAAGAGAAAUUUGGUGGUACUUUCCCAUUCACCAUAAUCGUUGAUGACAUGGAAAUACCUGUUCAUCCACUGAAAGCUUUCUUAUCAGGAGCAAUUAAUCAGGUAUCCAUAUUAACGGGAGCAAAUCAUGAUGAAUUUCUUUUGUGCACCUUAUAUGAAGAUUAUUUUCAUCCACCAACCAGUACUGAAGAUUACUUGACUCGCAUUCUUCCAAUUAUAACGUAUAAUGAUUCUGCAAUUCAAGCACUAUAUACUUAA